GGCAUAUAGUAAGCACAGACAUAAAAAUCUGUGAGAUAAAUGAAGAUUAUUUCUAACACCAUGAUUACAUGUAACUUCAGAGAUCUAAAAAUAUCUUUCCUUGAAUUUUGUGCAACUUAUUAACUGAUUGCUGUUAGGAAAUACCUCAGCACACUGCAAGGAAGGUAUUUGUGAGGGACCGAUUUUCCUAAGGCAGUUUGAAGACCAGGUGUAUACCGCACAACUCCACAAUGCAGAAUUCCUUCGAGUCAAUAGUCAGUGUACUGGAGACGUACAGAGGACGGGAUAAAGUGAUUAGGACUCUUUGCUAUGGGUCUCAGCUGGUUGGUGGAGUGCUGUCUCAGCGAUCGGGGGAAUCGUCGCAGCUCGGUAAGAGUCUCCUGCUCCUGUCAGCUCAACUCAGCCACUGUCGGGUCGUCCUGCGGCUGUUUGAUGACCUCAGCAUGGCCGCAUAUUCCGCCGACUACGGGCUCGGAACAACGGAGGAGGACAGCAUCUUACGCUGGAUGUCUGUUCUAAAUAACGUUGCCGAUCAGCUAUAUUACCCCUGCGAGCACAUCGCGUGGGCAGCCGACGCUGCGCUCAUCAAAGGCAAAUCUGACCGCUGGUGGACCUUAUCCACCGUUCUCUGGGGCACAUCAUUGCUCCUGGGCAUUCUCAGGUCUAUCAGAAUAAUCCUGAAGACGAAGAGGAAGGUUGAGACGAGCGGAAGAGAAGGACAUGCAUACCACAGGGAAGGUGCCGUUAGCUCUACGCCGGAGCUCCGAAGGCAGAUCAGGAGGGAGGCCCUCACUGUUUUCAGCAGCGUGGCAGAUCUGUGCAACGCCAUUCACUGGAUGCCUCCGGGAUUUCUGUGGGCGGGGCGAUUUCCUCACUGGCUGGUUGGACUUUUAGGGACAGUCUCUUCUGUGAUUGGCAUGCUGCAGAUGAACUCUAGUGAAGAGAGAGUCAGCACUUAAGAGACCGCAUUGGACUAAUGGAUCCUAGUGGAACAGAUGCUGUAAUUGGCACACAAGACAAUGCCUUUUCAAAGACUGACGUUAAUGGUCCAAUUAAUUGCAGAGAAUUAAAAGCUGGCUUGAUUCAGCGCUGCCCUUAGAGAUGACUUAGAUGAGCCAAGGCAGCAUCCUGACUGUAAACGGAGUCAUUUGGAGACAUGUAUUAUCAGUGUAGUAUGGGAAAUUACAGGCGUCAUCAUUAAAAUGUGAUUGUGUGUCAUGUUGUACCUUUGAGAAACUCAGAUUGCACUAAUGCACAGUAACUGUAUAAUCCAUUUCACUUGUUAUCCUUGUGAGAAGUUUGUCUCACUCCACAA